AUGACUACAAUGUACCGAUCACCGGGACCGAAGUACGGCGUCCCGAACGCCUUUGGCUACGAGGAUGCGGACUUGAGGUUGAAAAGGGCGCCCGCCUUUUCAUUGGGCCAGCUGCUACAGCCGAAACCGGCGGCCAAGAUCCCCGGGCCCAAGUACGCGGUAGGCGACGUGACCCGUCGCGGACCCGUCACCGUUACCGGCAUUUCGUUGGGGGCUAAGGACCACGUACGGCGGACGCAGCGUAUCCCAGGUCCCACAACGUACGACGUCGUGCCCUGUCUGCCGUUAAUCACACCCGCGAUGCCGAUGUACUCUAUGGGGUUGAAACGGACUGAUCGGCGCAAGACCACUCGCAUACCUGCGCCGAACGCGUAUUCACUGGCCACCACGAUCGGCAACCAGUUGCCGGACAUGCCGAGCGCUCCGAAGUUCUCUAUCACGGGCCUGAACGAGAAAUCGAAACGCAGCGCCAAACUGGGCGCCACUCCGGGACCGAAUCAGUACCCGGCGGUGCCGGUCGACUUGGUCAAGACGCAGACGCCCAGGCCCGUGAUACUGGGACGGCUGGACCCGAAGUACCGAAGGGGCACGCCCGCGCCCAACAGGUACUUGCCGGGCCAAAGCGGUUCACGGUUCUCCAACGCGCCGCAGUACAGCAUGGCGUCGCGUUUACGAAAACCGGCCGAUCCGUACUACACGGCCGCCGACAGGGUGCCCGACUGGCAGUGA